UCUCCUCCUGUCAUUCUUGCCUUGAUCUUCGUCUUGGUCGCCUUCCCUUCCCUUCGCCCUGCCGUCGACCAGCAAUCAGCCAAUCCCUCAGGCAGGCCACCGCGCAUCUGGUUCCCCACGCUCGCAAAUCCGCCUUGCCGAGAUGGGUUCCUGCCCUUCGGUCAAGAACAUCCUUGUGCUGGACUUGGAAGGGAAACGCGUGGCCGUGAAGUACUACAGCGAUGAGUGGCCCUCCGCGGCCUCCAAGUUGGCUUUCGAGAAGUCUGUCUUCGUGAAAACCCAGAAACCGGGUGCUAAAGCAGAAGAAGCUGAUGUGGUAAUGUUCGAUGGCUACAUUGUUGUGUACAAGUUCAUCGAAGACCUACAUUUUUUUGUAACUGGAGGAGAGGAAGAGAACGAGCUCAUUUUAUCAUCAGUUCUUCAGGGUUUUUCCGAUGCUGUUGGCAUUCUUCUCAGAAGCAAGGUAGACAAAAGGACCGCCCUUGAAAAUCUGGAUCUCAUCUUUUUAUGCAUUGACGAAGUUGUUGAUGGAGGGAUUGUUCUGGAAACAGAUGGUAAUGUGAUAGCGGAGAAGGUGUCAGGUCAUGGACCGGAAGGAGCUGGAUCAUACGCUGAGCAGUCGGUGACCCAAGCCUUCGCGGUAGCAAAACAACACUUUAUGAGGUCUCUCCUGAACUAGUGUGUAGGCAUCUUUUGGGUUGACGAUGAGCUAGCAUCAAAUUUCUGGGUUUCCUCUCGUAGCACCGCGCACCUAGUUUUGCAAGUGAGAAAGUGACUUGUAUCUUGUGUGUGAGUUCAUCUAUUGCUGUGGCCGCCAACGUUUCGUUGCAGAGAUGUAAACCUAAGUGCCUAACUGAUGAUCAGAAUCCUUUGAAGUUUUCAAGAAACUUGUGAUCUGUAUAGAUGCUGAUGAGGUUAUUUCACCUCCCUUUGGUGCAUUAAAAAUCCUGCAACAGCCUAUGUUGUGACCGAUA